AUGAACGUGCCCGACCCGCCAUGGAAGCAGAAAACACGUCCGUGUCCCUUUUAUUCGCAAGGACGCUGCCUCUUUGCAGAGUCUUGUAAUUUCCUUCACACCGCCAAGGUCCAGCGCACCGAAGACGGUCUGCUGUCAACAUGCGAGCGUAGUCUUCCGUCUCCGCCAGAAUCACCUAUUACCAACGCGCGCUCUGCCAUGGCAACGAAGUUCGUUCGAUUCCGUUCUCCGCCGCGCUCCCCGCGACUAUCGAGUCUAUUGAUGGCAUUGGGGGACGUCAUACAUCAGGAAGAAGAAGAAGAUAACGACGAUGUGGACGAGGAACCCGAGGCAAGUGUAGUCAGCUCGCCUGAGGUCGUGGUGUCUGAGCCAGAGCUGGCUCCUGCGGAAUAUGUGCCCGCACCCAUCGACGAGAACGUAGACGAAGAUGCCGAAUCUACCACUCUAGUCAAUUCUGCGGUCUCUAGCUCGCCUAUGCUUCCGGACACAGAGCUUGACUAUGCGUACACACCUCGUUCGAGUUCCAUCGUGCCGUCCGAAGAUGCAUACUCGGACGAUGGUGAGGUGACUAUCACCCAGUUCCGCGACUCGUACGCUUCAGCUUCUUCCGGCACCUCCGGGCUUCUGUCGCCCAUCGAAAUGGCUUCGGCUCCUCUAACCCUUCCGCAGAGGCGCAUCUCGGCAGAGGUUCACCGCGGAGAUUCAUUCGACUCUGGAUAUGCGGAUAGCUGUUGUUCUAUUGGCCCUGUCCCAGCUACGUUCAUGACGUCUCCCCCACAACCUCGGAGUGUUAGACUUGAAUCGCGGCUUUCCGUUUUGUCGUCUCCAUUUUCUUCGCCAGCUACGCGGGCGCAGAUGGUUGGAAUCGAGCCACGGGUUGAGGUGGAGUUUUUUUCUCCGAGGAUGCAGCCUGCGCGCACGGAGCCCCAAGUGACGGUCAGUGAUGAACCGGACCACCAGCUCGAUGUAGCAGGCGAGGUCCCACAAGAACAGCUAACAGUGGCUGUUGCCGUUUCAAGCCCGGUUGAAGCAGAACCCUGGGCGGCAAGUCCUGUGAUGGCGACUCCAGCGGUCAAUGCGUUGUACGACGGCUAUUUGGACGACGAGGCAGAUGAACUGUCAGCACUUCCCUCCCCGUUCGAUGAGCCUCCGCGGCCGCCUAUGGCGGUAGCCGCGGAGGCGGUGUAUUCGCUUGCUGGGGACGCUGCGGCGACCUUGCCGCCCGCGACGGUAGACAUGGUAGCUCGGGCAUUCGAGCCUGUGAUGGAUAUCUUCGCCAACUGUGCUUUGAAAGUCGCAACGAGCGAUGCCGUUGUGGUCAUAGACCAACCUACCCUCAAGCGAGGACCAUCUUCGGUACCUGCCAGCUGCUCGACGGAUGCCUCUCCGACGAGCAUUGCUUGGUCUUCCGAUGCUAGCUCUCUCCUUGUUUCCGACGCGGCAGGAAUCUUCAAGUACAUCCUUGGAGAUGCCUCAUUAGCUCCCAUAUACUCUUCUCCUGAUGAAGAAGCGGCGAGAGGACCUAUUCGUGCUCUCGUGAGCAAGGAUCGUGGGACGAAUGUUCUCUUUGUCCGAGAACAACGUGUACAUAUCUUGGAGAUUCACUCGAAGAAGAUCGCACAGACUUUCGACUCCCACAAAUCUACCAUCACCUCGCUCGCGCUCUCAAACGAUGCUAGCCUUUUGGCAACGACAUCUGCCAGUGCCAUCCACGUACAUAAUCUAACACAUGGGUCCCACACCGUGCUUCGAGGCAUUUCUGCUAAUGCUACCAUUUCGACGUGCUCGUUCCACGCACACUCGCGGACACGGCUUCUCGUUGGGGCUGGUGCGCAGCUGCUUGUAUGUGACACUACUCGGCCUUCUGGAGCAGUCAAGACCAUCCCUUUGAGCAAGGAGAAGGCUGCCCUUGGAGACGUCGUAUCCAUUGCAAGUAGUCCCUUCAGCAAGACCCUCGUAGCUGUCGCUUGCAGUGGCGGUACCAUUUGUCUGGUUGAUUUAGACAAGGAGAAAGGGAUUUGUCGUACAGUCUCCCUCCAUGUACCGCUGACUGCCCUGGUGUUCUCUCCGGAAGGAGCAACAUUAUAUGCCGGCACCGAGAACGGUAAAGUGAUGGUCCAGGAUUUGCGCGCCUUGGAUAAGCCACCGAGGUCGAUCACUGUUAGCGAGAAGGGCGGCAGAGUCGUCGCCAUGAGCAUACAGAAAAAGUCGAAAUCAGAAGAUUCGACCGUCAAGACAGCGGGAAUGGCAUCUAGCAAGCCCCUCGUACAACAAGACGUGAACAAGAAUCCUACACGUCGCGCGGCGAGUUCCACUUCUACAGAUCCUAAGGCGGCCCCGGCGGCGAAACUCAAGGUAACCUCACCUGUCGCAACGCGGGUCUCCUCAUUCAAGAGCACACCAGUCAAGGCUCGAAUGUCUUCUUAUGGCUCGCCUAACGUGAUGCGGACAAGGGCGGCGGCAGCGAAGUCGCCAAAUGCCAGGAAAGCCAGCAAUGGCGGGGUGGCCAAGAAGGUUUUUUCACCUCCCCGAUCGACCCUACCUCGUGGCGGUGCAGCAGUGCCUGGAGCAUCAGAAGACUUCAAUAUAUCUGUGCGCGUCGAGAAUCUGCUCGGUUUGCCAACCACAAACACUGCGAAAGAGAAUAUCAAUCCUAUGCAAGAUGUACCCGAGCCGACGCGCAAGGCGGAUGCACCGGAUACUAUUUCAGCAGUUUCACAUCCAUCUCGAGCGACUUCACGUGAAGCCGGCAAGAUGCGCACACGCACGACGUCAACAAAUCGGACAACGGCGUCAUCGGCUUCUGCUGUCUCGAAGCGCCGAUCGCUUACGCCCAGUCCCGAUUUGCCUGAUGUUGACUUGGAUGGUCCAGUCACACCAUUGCCCGCGAGCAAGAGCAAAGGCAAGGGAAAGAUGGCUGCCAUGGGUGUGCUUGGGCUUGGCACUCCGGAAGUAGAUCGCUGGAUCAAGGCAGGCCAGCUCCAGGUUGCGGAGGAAGGAGAAACCGACAAGGAUGAGGGCAAGAGGGUCGGCUUCGCGAGCGAGGAUGAUGAUGAAGUCAACGAACACCGAGAGAGACAGGAUCGGAAGGAUACUGUUCGGGAAUCGGCGGAUGUCAAUUUUGUAGUGCCAGAGACGGCCAUGCAGGUCUCACCGAGGAGAGUACAUGGUGGGCCGUCUUGGACCCCUGUGCCCUCUCCACUGCGCAACCUCGCCAACUCACAUCCGAGCUCGCCGAACACACACGCUGCGGCGAAUCUGCUGCAGUCGCUACUGCGCGACGCAACGUACGACUUCCGGCAGGAGACCCACGGGGAGCUCGUCGGGCUGCAUCUGGACAUGUUACGUAUGGGGCGUGGACUGCGGACAGAGAUGCGUUCGGUGGUGGACGAGUUCCGUGGCGAGAUGUCUGCGUUGCGAGAAGAGAAUACACGACUGAGGGUAGAAAAUGAGCGCUUGCGCAGAGGAUACUGA